AUGGUGGAAAUCCCUGCUUGGAGAAGCCAAUCAGUAUUAUCAUCCCCCAACAAGCUGCCCCUCCAUGUACGGGUCCAGGAGCAAUUCAGCCGCCACCACUCCAGGGCUCGCUCGGUGGUGGAGCGAGCUUUCGGGGUGAUGAAGACAAGAUGGAGAGCCAUGUUCUUCAAAGCCCUGGAGGUCAGCCCAGCUUUCGCCUCUGACAUCGUUGCAUGUUGUGCAUUUCUCCACAACCUCUGCCUCACCACCAAUGAUGUUAUAGAGUUGGAGGAACAUGUGGUCUCUGACGGUGAUCUUUAG